AUGGCGCCUUGGCGGCGUGGAAGGAACGCGGUCAAGCCCUUUGCGACGUCUCUUGCGGGGCCACACCUCUCGCUUCAGUACCUCCACGCACCACGCUCGACGCCGCGCCACUACCACGUUGUUGCUGGCUUUGCCUACGUCUUGUUCUCGCUUCUUGUUGCUGCCUACUACCUCCAGCUGCUCGCGCCGUCGCUGACCAACGUGCUCUUCUGGCCUGGGCUUAACCAAUCGGGGUACCAGGCGUAUCUCAUUGACGCAGCGAACGCGGCGUUGGCGACAGCCUCCGUUGCAGCGCCGGUCUCGAGUCCGCUCUCGAGGUUUGCGAUACCGAUGACAUACUAUGGGUCGUUGACACCACCUGAGACGACCUACUACGCCACGUACGCACGGCGCAUCGCCCUCACCGAGCUCAUAUCGCUCGAGGAGGUCAUCCCGAUGUUGCGCACGAUGCACAUCACCAACGCCAAAGGCGUACGUGCGCAGCAAUGCUGGGUGGACUGGAACAAGACGUGGGAGGUCGCGCACACCACCGCGCGUCAAGCCCGUUGUGCCAACAACUACGCUCCGAACGGCGCCGUGUACUACGAAUCCGUGCUUCGAAACGUCAAUGUCACGGCCUUUCUUGCUGCGUAUGGGGGCGUCGGCAACGAGUUCACCGUGGCCAUCCAAACGGCGCUGCUCGCUACGCCCGCCGGCAGUGACUGGCUCACGCAUAUGACGACGCUGCGUCAUGGCAGUGUUGCAGAUGAAAUUGCCCAAUGGCGCACACACGGCCUGCGCGAGUACCGGCAGCUAUGGCACAACCAGUACGGAACCGGUGUCCUUGAGAGCCUCGCGAUCGUCAAUGCGCUUGGCAUGACUGAGGCCAUUAGUCUCAAGACGUCUGCAUCGUCCCACGGUCCGUGGACCAGCGUCAUCUGGUACUGGCUGCCCGCCAACGACUGGUCGACGGUCCAAGCGCUCAAUAUGAGUCUCGUACGCGGUGCGAUCAACGACUAUCGGCGCGUGCUCGCCUUUGAAGACUUUCUCGGAGUUCAAAACAACGGCUCGUCGUACAUCAAUCAGACGGGCCUUGCGCACCAUGGCAUUGGGCCGUUCCUCUCGAUAGACCCGUGGCUGUUGCCGGUGCCGACUUCGCUUGUCAUGCUGCAUACGAAGCUCACAUUCGCUUUGUCAGCGCAUCUCAGCACGUCGGCUGGCUAUGAGAACCUCGCGACAAUAUCUGUAGCGCUGCAGGUCCCGUCCUGGGACGCCUCGUACACGUACUAUGGCGGCAACCCCCUCUGCCUCUACAACAGCCCGUCGGCUUCCCCGCAGGCCUCGCUGAGCUUUGAAGACAAUUGUGAUGGCAACGCUUCGUUGCUGACCAUGACAUUGGCGCCAGUUCCUCUUUUGUACACGUUGCUGAUCUUGAAUGGAUCUCUGCCCGACGCUUCGUUCUGCGCUGGCAACGCCGCGUGCACGACUCUUCUCGACGCAGCGGCAAUGGCGGUCCCUGCAGUACCUCCAAUGAUGCAUGACGCCGUUGUGUCGACGAUUCGCGAUGUGAUGGCCUUGACGGUUGGGUUUCUCCAGUUUGCGACCGACGCCAACGAGAAUUGGCAUCUUCUUUUUGCGCCACUGAACGCAUCGUCUUCUGCGCCGUUCGCCUGGCAGUUUUCAAGCUGGCUGCUGCUCUUUGACUGGGUCCUUGGCGUUCGCGAGGUCGUGGCCGUUGACGGCGACGCUGCGACGCAUGUGGUCCUCUCGAGCGAGAGCCCGCGCCUUUCGGUGCCAGCCGCGGCCGCCAGUGACCUCGGCCGCAUUCACAUGGGCAACCGCAUUGUAUGGUACCUCGCUGUCUACGCCUCCUGCAUUGCGCUCUUUGUUGCACUUCUCUGCGUCGGGUUUGCAGCACGUAGCGCCCGGUGGCGUAUCGAAGGACAGAACCUCUUGUUUUUCAACCGACUCACGGCAGCGACGUGGGUCGGUCGCCCGCUCACGCUCCUUCGCGGCGGCACCGCGCUCUUGCUCUUGUCGACGGCGCCGUACCCGCUGCAACUCGUGGACGAAUAUACGUUUUUGCAGUGGCAGCCGCGCCCGCUGCUGCAAUUGUGUGUGCUUGCCGGCGAAGCGACGUGGAUCACAUAUGUCGGGACCGACGUGCUCUGCGUCUCGAGCAGCGGCCGCGCCCCCGGUACCUUGGCGCUACGGAGUGCGGUGACCUUCUUUGUGUGGCUGACGCUGGUUGUGUAUGAAGUCACCGCACCCAUAUUGCCGACACUGAGCCUCCAGCCCUCGUGCACGACGACUGGGAUGGACCUCAUGCUAUCGUGCACCAGCGGCACCCUCGCGAUCGGCGACAAACGCCGGUUCUUGGCGCUGGGUGCGAUUUGCAUGGGCGGUGCGGUUCUCGGUGCGGUUGUUGCAAGGGCCUUGGACGCCUACGACGCGGUCUUUCCAGGGCCAAGGAACCUCGUCGUCUCGGCGCUCGCUGCGUCGUGCUUGGACACCAAUAUCGUGCACGAGUACGAUGUCGUCGCAUGCGUUCUCUGCGGCGUCUUGCGUUGCACCACAUGCCAAGAGCAUGUUUCAGAGAUGUUUCACCUCCGGCUAUGGAGCUGCACACGCGUCGACACGUCGGUCGCGUCGAUGUCGGCCGUCUUGCCGCAGGUGACGACAAUGCCGUUGAGCCAGCGGCACUGGUGGCAGUGGCCCCACCAGUGGAACCAGCUGUUUGCAGUCGCGGGUGUCGUCUACAUUGGCGCGUCCAUGGUCAGCGGUUUAUUGUACUUGGACCUAACCCGCGUGAGCCUGGCCAAUGACAUGUGUUGGGGCACGUUCAACAUGACGUCGACCCAUGUGUUUCUGGCAAACUGGAUCACGAAGGAAAUCCAGCUGUCGCCGACGACGAGUAGUGACACGUCGCUCACGCUGCCUUCGAUCGGCGCGAUCCAGAGCCCCCGGGAGUCAAGUACAGGACCGGCAACGCUCUCGGUGCCGGCCUCGCUUGGCGCGACGCUGCAGUACACGGCGCUGCGGUCCAUCUCGGCGGCCAUUACGGGCUUUCGCCGCGCGCCUCCGACCAGCGCCUGUGAUUUCCCGUGGAUCUUUACGCAAUAUUGUUUUCUCGACUUGAACCGCAGUUGGGAAAUGGCCAACUCGGCGACCCGGCAAGCGCGCUGCGUGGCCCACAUGACGACCAACGGCGCCGUAUACCUCGAGCCGGCGCUGCGCAACCUCCAUACGAGGUGGCGCGACUGCUGGGGCGCGGCGUUCGAGAUCGCCGUUGCCGCCGAGUUGCGCACGUCCCGUCGCGGCCAGGCGUGGCUCCUGUCGCUCGAAGCCCCUCUCUUGUCGCUGGACGCCGAAGUCGCGUUCUGGACGGCCCAUGGGCUGCAGCACUACACGACGCAGUGGCAAACCUUCAAGGCGAUUGGCGUCUCCAACAGCUACGCGGUGGAGAACGCGCUUGGGAUGCAAUUUUCCUUUCCGAUCGCGGCGACAAAUCUCUCGUUUGCGUGGGACAUUGCGACGUCGCACAAGAUGUACUGGGCGCUCGGCAACGAUUUGCGUGCGGUUGCGCGCAACGACAGCGGCGUUGCCGGGUGCAGUUUGCUGCGGUUGAGUGCCAACUAUGCCUUUCGCAACGUCUCGAUGCCGUCUCUCCUCACGAGCAACGGGACGCUUUUGUCGCCGCUGGACGCCGGGUUAUCGGCGGUGACGCACACCCUCGGGCCAUUUGGGUCGAUCGACAUGUUCUAUGUGCCGCCCCCGCGAUCGCUCCAGUCCCUCUUCCACGAUAGCCUCCGGCUCCUCCGCACGGUAUUUGCAUCGACACCGGCGUCCCAGGCGGCCUACUUGGCCAUGGCGGCCACGGGCAGCGUCAUCAUUGUGCCGCACCCUUGGCGGCACACGCAAAACCUCUCGACGGUAGGCGGGUCGAUCCUCUGCCCGAACAUUAGCCCCAACCCAAUAUGGAACGGAUGCGUCGCACUCACUGCGCGAACGAGCUGCUCGACCAUCAACUAUGCGAGCACGGUCAGCAAGGCGCCAGAGUACCUGGUUCUGGCCGCGCUCUUCUCGCGCGCGCUGGAUUCGGAUGUUCCACGACUCUGCGACGUCGUCACCACCGGCCAAAUCGACUGCCUCUCGUACAUGGCCGACGCGAUCGCGUUUACGAAGACGUACCUGCGCAACGCCAGCGACGCCAUCCUCGACGUGUCGCCGGUGGUCGCCGAGCUCGCGCUCUCUCACGUCUCCAUCGCUCAGCUUUUAAAGCUCAGCAAGGGUCCUGUCACCGUCGCCACCGCGCCCAUUUUCGAGCCCAACGUGCUGCCAUUCUUCAACUGGAUGUACGCCUACGACUGGGUCCUCGGGCUGCGGGAUGUCGUUGCGUUUGUGGGCGACAACAACUUUAACCUCACGCUUUUGACGGAAAACACAGUGUACGGCACGCGCGCGGUCGACGCCAGUAUGUUGCCCACGACGAUCUCCAACUACGCGCGCGCGUGCGUCGUGUACGUAACCAGUGGCAUGCUUGCGAUGGCGCUGCUCGUGCUGCUCUACCUGGUAUACGCGCGUGGGCACGUCGAGGGCCUCAACCUCCUCUCGCUGCAGAGCGUCGGCGCGAUCGUGUGGCUCGGCCGUCCGAUGCUGUUUGUACGAAGCGUCUCGGCGCUCUGCCUGCUCUCGACCGCGACGCUGACGUUGGUGCAAAAUGGCGCCGUCGUUGCCUUCACAAGCACCGAGUACGAGCGUCCGUGGUACGCAGUCCUCGUUGCGUCCAGCGAGGUGCUCUGGCUCGCGCUCAUCGUCAACGACGUUGGCAUGGUCUGGACGCAAGCCAUGACCCCCAAAUAUACACCGCUGCACCGUGCGAUCGUCUACUGCAGCGCGACGCUACUCACGAGUCUGGACCCUGUUCAGCAUACGCUGUCGCUGGGCCUGCAGUGCUACCUCGCUCAAGUCGACGCCCAAGUCGUUUGCAACAGCGCCGUCAUUCGGAUCGGCGAGUUGCGUCGACUCGUGAGUCUUGUCGUACUCGUGCUCUCGACCCAAGUGCUCAGUUACAUGGUCGUCCGCGCCUACUUGUAUAUGCACAAGACGUCGCUGACCGGCGUGCCGAGCACGCGCGACGCCUUCUUCAUGUACGCUGGCGCCCACUAUUUUUUCUGCCGCGCCAAGUGGACCGUCGACGGCGUCUACUACGUUGACCCGGCUUCGGCGGUGCUGAACGGCAACCUGGUGCUCCCGUGGCGAGGCGUCCAGUACGUGCUCGACAUCAAGCUCUGGCGCAUAGCUGCGGUCGCACCACACUCUGCCAUGCCCGAACAUCACCCGAUGCAUGCGGCGGCGCGGUAUGCGAUUCGACUCGGGGCACAGUACUGA